AUGCGCAAGUGCUUACGAGCAGUUGGCCUGGACCAUGUGUUGACUCGAGAGCCUGAUGGUUGGUUUGCACGACGGUCCUGGGGAGAUGUCCUAACGCUGGAAGAGCAGCAGCGGCUGUGCAUUGCACGGCUCCUGUAUCAUCAGCCAGCCUUUUGUAUUCUCGAGGAUGCCACAUCGACCAUUUCAGCUGUGCCAGAAAGCCACCUCCAUCAAGCCUUGGUUGAUUGGGGCGUGACGCCACUUGCUCUCUCUUCUGCUGCAAGCAUGCCAAGCCAGCAUUGCAAGCAGCUCCAAGUUGGCCUUGAUCUGGAGGCAGAUUCAGCCGGUUGGCAGUCAGAUGAGUCAGAUGUACUGCUGCACUGA